UUUGUCAUUGAUGUCAAAGAAACUAGAAAAUAUUACACUCCUAUUGUAAUAGUUUUAUAUUAAGACUUUAAAUUAAACAGCAAGUUUGUAUAAAACAUGGCGACAAAUACAAAUAAUGUCAAGUUUUUGACUAACCUUAUAAGAUCUAGAUUCUCAACUUUUCUUAAUAUAACCGAAGUUUACAAGCCUACUCUGACAAGAAAUAAUGAAAAGAUCAUGAAUUUAAUAAAAGAAAAAACUGCACAAGCAUCUAAAUCUGAAUUGGUUAAAAAGAUUAGAGUAGCCAAGGAAUAUUAUAGAUUGGAAAUGGCUCCACCUACUGCUAAUGAAAUGCAGAAAUUACAAGCUGACUUAGCUCUGGUGAAAGAAUUUAUUCAAUCAGGUUGCUACAAAUUCCUUACGGUAAAGCAGGCGUGGCUGCUGUUCCUUGUUGGUACUGAAGUGGCUUUAUGGUUUUAUUUGGGUGAAACUAUUGGGAAAAUGCACAUUGUGGGCUACAAAGUAUAAAACUAAAUGGCACUACUUAUUUUCUUUUUACAACAAUUAUAUAUACUGCUAAAGAAACAUAGUAGACAAAGGCCUGAAGAAAUUGUUAAAAACUUGUUUCAAAUUAAAUUAAUUUUUAUAAUA